AUGGCAGGGUUCUUCAGCACCUGUGCUGCUUCUGAUCACUAUUGUUUGCAGCUCAGAUCUGGAUCAGCUCACCAUGAACUGAUUAGACCAAACAAGUACAGAAGGACCAUGAUCAGGUGCUGCAGCACAGCAAAGGGGAAGACAAGAAGGGACUACUACCAGGUUCUUGGAGUAGCAACUCAUUCCACACCUCAGGAGAUCAAGGAAGCUUACAGGAAACUCCAGAAGCAACACCAUCCUGAUAUUGCUGGCGACAAGGGCCAUGACCAUGCGCUGUUGCUGAAUGAGGCGUAUGAGGUGUUGAUGAGGAGUUCAUCCAGGAAAGCUGAUGGAUUUGGCAAGAGCAGAGGCGGCUUUGGGAGCGGUUACACCGGGGACGGGUACAGUUCUUGGAAUGGGCCUAUCAGGAGCCAGGCUCUCUUCGUGGAUGAGAACAAAUGCAUAGGAUGUAGGGAGUGUGUUCACCAUGCUGGGGAGACAUUUGCCAUGGACGAUGUUCUUGGAAGCGCGCACGUCGAAGUCCAGUUUGGCGACGUGGAGCAGCAGAUCCAGGUGGCUGUGGAGUCUUGCCCUGUGAACUGCAUCCACUGGGUUGGGAGCGAAGAGCUCCCGGUGCUGGAGUUCAUGGCACGUCCACAGCCCAAGGAAGGGCACGGCGUGUUCGGCGGCGGGUGGGAGAGGCCUAAGGACGUGUUCGCGGCGGCCAGGAACUUCUCCAGGAAACUCGAGAAGCAGGAGCGGCAGGAAAGUUCCAGGGGCGCAAACGGGGGUGAAGAUAUGGAGGCUGAAACGGCAGCUCAGGCCGAAGCGAGACGCCACGCGGGGCAGGAGCUCCGGUGGAAGAGUUUGUUCGAUGUUUGGAAUGGGUUGGGAGACUGGAGGAAAUCUGGAACAGACAGGUAG